GAAAAAAUGGACAUGCAAUGAAGUUACCUCAAGUUUUUAAGACGAUUACAUUGCUAUAUAUCUGAAUGUUUUUACUAGUUGAAAAUUUGUUUUUCAAACAGUGUCUCUUAAGUAAGAGCACCUCUUCAAGUCCGUCUUCUUUUUAUAAUGGGCGUUAAAACGUUGAUUUUAUUCUGUGCAAUACUUUUUGCAUCUGUGCAAGUGCAGAGUAUCAAAAACACAGGAAGAUUAUUAAAAUGUUGGCCUUACAAGUUGUACUAUGAUACGUUUAACGUUAAUUUUUACCAUUCGUCGCGAAGGCAAUCUGACCGACUCAUACAGAAAGGGGCUCAUUUCGGACCCAAAGAUAUCGAUUUUGAUCCAAGACGAAGAACUGCCGUUAUUUCGCACGGGUUCGUAGGUUAUUUACAUGCAGACCAAAUGAAAGAAAUUGGAAACAAGCUUUUGGAAUGGCAAGAUAUGAAUGUGAUCAUUGUAAAAUGGGAAAGUGGAGCUUAUAAUCCUCUAGCAUACCCUGUAGCAGUAGCAAAUACAGAAUAUGCAGCGUGGCAGUUAAAAACGCUCUUCACCUGGUUUAAAAAUGACUGGACGGCCCAAGGUGGCACGAUGGAAAGUUGGGGACCGAUUCAUUUUAUCGGCUACAGUCUUGGUGCUCACUUCGUUGGACAAGCUGCCGAACUACUCAGAGUUGAGGAGAAUUUGCUAAUCGAUCGCAUUACUGCAUUGGAUCCGGCAGAACCGUGUUUCGAGGUAGCCAAUCCAUUGCGAUUAUCGAAAAGCAAGGCUAAAUUCGUAGACGUAAUUCAUACAGAUGGUGCGCGCCAUACAAACGAAGCGUUCGGACUUCUAGAACCGAUAGGGCACGCCGAUUUUUACGUCAACGGCGGUGUAAGUACUCAACCAGGAUGCGAACGAAAGAAACGAUCAGCCGAAUUAAAUGCAGUAACUCAAUACUUUCUUAAACAGCUUACACACCUUUUGAGCAACGGACUCUGCAGCCACGGGCGAUCGGUGGAAGUUUUCAUUAACUCUAUUGUUAACGCCAAUUCAACAGACUGUAGGUUCUGGGGGCGUUCUUGGCAGCUUGGAACCAGCGAAGCAGAAACAAAGGAGAUACUGAAAAAGUCGUGCGAUACCAGGACUUGUCCGCAAAUGGGUAUAAAGGCUCAGGCAUUCAAUUAUGGAAGUGGAAACACAAACACUUUUUAUGUAAAAACGACAAAGCAAGCUCCUUAUUGCAAACGAAGAUAACUAUAAUGAGUUGAAUGUACAUACUUACUAGAUUAUGAUUAUAUGUAUACUGAAUUGGAUUAAACUAAAUCAAAAAAUAA